AUGACACUUACUGGAGAAGUUAACCAGCUUACAACUAUGAUUAACACUUUGAACACCACAGUUACAGACUUUAUGCAAACUGUUAUUGAUACUUCAGACAAUGAAGAUCAAUCAAGAGCCGUUGUUAUAGAUGCACUGAUGAAAAGAACACAAAAUUUAUAUAAUGCAAGUUUGCAAACUAUCUUAGAUAAUCAUAAACAAGAGAUGGCUACUGUGAUGCAGCAGAACACGCAUAAUAUCAACACUAUUGCUGCUAAUAUUACUCGUGAUAUGGCAUCACUCCUCCUUGCGCGUUUUCCUCUCAAUACACCUCCUGGAUUUGGUGGUUCGAAUAGCAGUAACGACACCAAUGGUAACAAUGGUAUGCCUGGAAGUAGUGGUUCAGGUGGAAGCAAUGGUAUCUUAGGUUCUCCUAUACCUAAUAAUUUGAAGUUUCCUACUUUUGAAGGGACAGACCCAGCUGGUUGGAUAUUCCAAGCCGAUCAGUAUUUUCGUCUUCACCAUACAGCUGAAGGCUUAAAUAUUGACAUUGCUACUUCUUAUUUCAAGGGAGAGGCCAAUGCUUGGUAUAGAUGGGUUCAGAACAAGCUAACUAAUCCUACAUGGGUACACUUUUGUUCACUUGUUCGUGAACGUUUUGCUGAUAAAUUUUUUGCUAAUCCACGUUUGGCGCUAUCAACAAUUUCUCAGCAAGGUUCAGUACGUGAUCAUAUUCGAGAAUUUGAACAACUUCUUAAUUUUGUUACUGACUUGCCAAACGAUUAUAUCAUUGAUCUCUUUAUCAGAUCUUUUAAAAAGGAAAUUCGAUCUGUUUUUGAGGUAUUUGAACCACCAACGUUAGCUGCAGCUUUUAUGAAAGCUAUAAAACAAGAAGAUGUGUUACUUUCAAACUCUUCUUUUUACAAAACUGUUGCGAGAUCAAAUCCAUACAAACAGGCAUCUCAUUCAUCUGGCACUUCAUCUGAUAAUCCAGCUAAUGCACCUUUUAAGAAGAAUACAAUUCCCUCUGGAGUUAAGCGUCUACCUUUGGAAGAGCAACGACAAAGACGUAAACAAGGUCUUUGUUUCAAUUGUGAUGAACAGUAUAAGGAUGGACAUAUUUGUGCAGAACCAUUAACUUCUAGAUUAUUAAUUCUAGAGAUGGCUCCUGAAUUCAACUUUGAAGGUGAAGAAGAAAUAACAACAUCUAAUACGGAAGAGAUGGUUACUCCUGCAGCUGCGAAUCAGAUGCAUCAUGAACCCACAAUAUCGUUUCAUGCUCUUACUAGGUCUCCAUUUCCUAACACUAUGCGAGUUACAGGUUACAUUGCAGGUCAGCCACUCACAAUUCUCAUUAAUUCUAGAUCAACUCACAAUUUCUUACAUCCUAAAAUUGCUAAGAGAUGUGGCAUUUCUACUAAGUCAAUUAAUGAUACUAUGAGUGUUUUGGUUGGUAAUGGAGGAAUUUUAAAAACUCAAGGAACUUGUUCAGAUAUUUCUAUGAAACUGCAAGAUUAUCAAUUAUAUACUGACUGUUUCUUAUUAGAAUUAAGUGGUUGUGAAGCAGUACUUGGAGUGGCAUGGUUAAGAACUUUGGGUAAUAUCUCUUGGGAUUUUAAGAAAUUACACAUGCAGUUUAUUUCCAAUGAUCAUGAACAUACCUUAGUGGGUAAGAAGUCAGCUUCACUUAUGCUACUUGAUAGUAUUCCAAUACAGAAGGUUUUGCAAAACACUCAUCAUGGAUUUCUACUUCAAUUGGUCACACACUCAACUGCAUCAGAGGAUGACUCUCAGGUGAACACUGAAGUUUCUGAUUUACUUUCACGUUUUUCUGAAUUAUUUGCUUCACCUACGGAUUUACCACCUCAAAGAGAGCAUGAUCAUCGUAUUCCCUUACUGCCUAACUCAACACCAGUGAAUGUUCGACCAUAUAUAGAUAUCUGA